AUGAGUAGCGACAUGCGAGCGUGCUCCUCGGGAGCAGCCGCCGCAACUCUCGCGUCGCGAGCGCCUGCAGUCGCGUCGCUAGCGAAUUCUAAAACGACUCAAAUCUCGUCUGCUGGCGCCUCGUCAGGCGGGGGUCCCGCGGGGGCCGCGGCGUGCAGGGAGGCCGUGACUAGCGAGCUUCUGCGAAGGUUCCGGUGGGCGGACAAAGAGGUGGUGGAAGGGGUGAUGGCGGCGGUGGGGGGGGAGCGAGCAGCCGCGGAAGCCGUGCUGGCGGAAAUGGGGGGAGAGGGGGCGAUGGGGGGAAUGGGGGGGAUUGGGGGAGAGGGGGCGAUGGGGGGAAUGGGUGAACGGGUAGUGGGAGUGGCUGUGGGGGACGGCGCGGAUAGGAGGUCGGGAGAGAUAAAGGAGGAGGAGGAAGGCGGGAAGCAGAGGGAGGCUGAUGGCCAUGAUGACGUGGAUGUCAACUGUGAUGACGUGGAGGAUGACUGUGAUGACGUGGAUGUGUUCCGGACGUUCCGUGCAGAGGCUCUAGCAGCAUCAAGGGCACACGCACGGCUCGCAGGGCAAGCUGCCCGGGCAUACGACAGGGGCGACCACGCAGCUGCCCGGAAACUUUCCCACGCGUCAAGAGAGGAGAAGGAACGUGCAGAGAGGCUUCACACGGAAGCUGCUGGGAAGAUUCUGACUCACAGGAACAGGGGGCGGUCAUUGUGGGAGCUGGAUCUGCACGGGCUUCUACCGGGGGAGGCUGUAUCUGCACUGGAGGCGAGGUUGAAGCAGCUGGAGGGGCAGGCGGGUGCGAAUGCGCAGGAGAAUUUUGCAGUAAGGGAGGCGUCGGUGGAAGAGCAAGUGUGGCGGAGCAGCGGUGCUGCGAGGGAGAUGAGUGCGGAAGAGCGGGUGUGGGGGAGCAGCGGUGUGGUUCUCCCAGCUAAGGUGUUGUCGUCUGCGCGACCUGAGCUGAUGGUCAUUACAGAUGCUUCCAUUCUCCGUCAUACUACCUGCGCUGUCGCCGCUUCUCCCGCCGUUGCCGACAACACACCCUCUCUCUUAGACCUCGUGCCUGAGAUCGAAAUCGAGAAGCUUGACAUUUCCUUUCCAGCGUACAAUCCCGAGGACUCCGCCGGCACACUUGACUUGAUCGUCGUCGGCGCUGGUCCCGCUGGCCUGUCCGUCGCACAGCAAGUCGCGUCGCACGGCAUGAAAGUAUGCUGCGUGGACCCUGCUCCUGAGUCCAUGUGGCCGAAUAACUACGGCGUGUGGGUCGACGAAUUCGAGGCGUUAGACUUGACGGACUGUCUAGAUUACGUUUGGCAAAAAGCUGUGGUGUAUUUAGAUGACGGCAAGCAGAAGUAUUUGGACCGGCCGUAUGGGAGAGUGAGCCGGCGAGCCCUGAAGAUGAAAAUGGCGUCGCAAUGCAUCAAGAAUGGGGUCACAUUUCACGCGGCUAAGGUGGACAGCGUGGAGCACACGGCAGACAGCUCGGUGGUGCGAUGCAGCGACGGCACGGAGAUCAAAGCAGCGCUGGUGCUGGACGCGACGGGCUUCUCGCGACGCCUCGUGCAAUACUCGGAGCCGUACAACCCAGGCUACCAGGCCGCAUGGGGAAUCGUUGCCGAGGUGGACUCGCACCCGUUCGCGCUGGACCAGAUGGUGUUCAUGGACUGGCGGGACUCGCAUCUGGCCCCGGGCACCCCUAUGCAAAAGAGCAACGCCGACAUCCCCACCUUCCUCUACGCCAUGCCCCUCUCCCCGACCACCAUCUUUCUAGAGGAGACGUCGCUAGUGGCGCGGCCAGCCGUAGCGUUUGACGAGAUCCAAAGGCGCCUGGAGAAGCGCCUGGCGCACCUGGGGAUCAAAGUGAACGCCAUCACCGAGCAAGAGUACUGCCUGAUCCCCAUGGGCGGCGUGCUGCCAGACAUUCCGCAACGCGUGCUGGGGAUAGGAGGCACGGCGGGCAUGGUGCACCCCUCCACUGGCUAUAUGGUGGCUCGGACACUAGCAGCAGCGCCAGUGGUGGCGGCUGCAAUAGUGAAGCAGCUGGAGCGGGAGGGGCGGGAGCAGGGCGAGCAGAGAGGCGGCGACAGCUUGUCAGCACACGUGUGGGAGGACGUGUGGCCGCUGUGGCGCAAGGAGCAGCGCGAAUUCUUCUGCUUCGGCAUGGACGUGCUGCUCAGGCUGGACCUAGCAGGCAACCGGCGGUUCUUUGACGCCUUCUUUGACCUCACGCCCUACCAAUGGCACGGCUUCCUCUCCUCUCGCCUCAACCUCGUCGAGCUCAUCUCGUUUGGCCUCUCGCUCUUCAAGCACGCCUCCAACCCAGCGCGCAUUGAGAUAAUGGCCAAGGGGCUACCUGGCCUUGGCACACUCGUUCAAAACGUCGUCAAGAUGCGCGUGUAG